CAGAGCUGUGGGUGCAGCUCUCACUCUUAAGUUUCACUUCUGUCCAAGUCAAACUGUUUCUGAUCCAGGAGAGAUGGCGCAGAAAGCACUCGACCAAGAAGCCUUUUCCUGCUCCGUGUGUUUGGAUCUACUGAAGGAUCCUGUGACUAUUCCCUGUGGACACAGCUACUGCAGGAACUGUGUCCAACAGCACUGGGACCAAGAGGACGAGAAGCAGCUCUACAGCUGUCCUGAAUGUCGCCUCAGCUUCAGCCCCAGGCCUGCCCUGGUGAAAAACAUCAUGUUAGCAGCUGUAGCAGAGCAGAUGAAGAAGACAGCGCCCCCUGCUGCCCUCUGCUAUGCCGGACCUGAGGAUGUGUCCUGUGAUGUGUGCACUGGGAGGAAGCUGAGAGCUGUCCAGUCCUGUCUGCAGUGUGUGGCCUCUUACUGUGAGCGCCACCUACAGCCUCAUUAUGAAGCUGCAGCUUUAAAGAAACACCAGCUGGUGGCGCCGUCUCACAGGUUCCAGGAAAACACCUGCUCUCAACACGACAAAGUGAUGGAUCUAUUCUGCCGCAUUGACCAGCAGCUGCUCUGCUCCCUGUGUGUGGACCAACAUAAGGGUCAUGACAUAGUGACCUCUGCCUCAGAGAGGGCUCAGAGGCAGGCAGAGCUGCCGGCCACGAGGGCCCUGCUGCUCCAGAGCCUCCAGCACAAAGAGACAGACCUGAAGAGGCUCCAACAGGAGGCCCAGGACAUCAGGCGCUCUGCCCAGACAGCAGUGCAGCGCAGCAACGACAGCUUCAGAGACAUGGCCCUUCUCCUGGAGAAAAGACGCUCUGAAGUGGAGCAGCAGAUCCGCUCCCAGGAGGACACCCAACUGAGCCGAGUCCAAGAGCUCCAGGACCAACUGCAGCAGGACGUGAGGGGGCUGAAGAGGAGCCUCUCUGAGCUGGACACACUGGACCUCACCCAGGAUCAUAACCAGUUUAUACAGCACUACGCUUCACUGUCCCCACACACACAGAGCACAGAGCCAGCCACCAUUCACACAGGGGACCGGGGAUACUUUGAGGAAGUGACCAGAGCUGUGUCCAAGCUCAGGGACAGACUCAAGCUCACUCUGAGUCCAGUCCAUGUUCCUCCGUCACCAGAUGAACUCAGCUCCAGAGACGACUUUUUAAAAUACUGUACAGAAAUCACUCUGGACCCAAACACAGUUAAUGGAUGGCAGUCUCUGUCUGAUGGAAACAGAAGAGUAACAUCUAUGAGUGAACACUCGAGUUAUCCAGAUCAUCCAGACAGAUUCAGUUUCUGGUGGCAGGUCCUGAGCAGAGAGAGUCUGACGGGCCGCUGUUACUGGGAGGUGGAGUGGAGCGGGAGGUAUGUUUAUAUAGCAGUUUCAUACAGAGAGAUUCAGAGGAAAGGAAACUCUGAUGAAUGUAGAUUUGGACACAAUGAUAAAUCCUGGGCCUUAGACUGUUACAAAACUAGUUCUUCAUUUUGGUUUAACAAAGUCCAGUCCCAGGUCUCAGGUCCGGUCGGGUCCAGAAUCGGGGUUUACCUGGACCACAGUGCAGGGGUUUUGGCCUUUUACAGCGUCUCUGAAAGUACCAUGAGCCUCCUCCACAGAGUCCAGACCAGGUUCACUCGGCCUCUCUACACUGGGGUGCAGAGACACUGCACAUUAACCUAAACUGAAAUAGCAGCUUUGUUU